ACAUGGCGGCCUGCAUCAGCAUGGUCGCAAGAGUUGGGGCCACAGCACUGACUGUGUUCAAGCCGGUAGCCGCAAAAUGUUCCAGGCAGCCGACAAAUGUGCUUAUCCGUUUGUGCCAUGGAGCCAGGAGCAGUUUGUACGAGCAUGUCAGUGAAGGUUACAGCGACAAACCGGAGCUGGACAUGAGAGCAGUGUGUGAGGAGACCGACAAAGUCAUAGCAAACGUAGAGAACAGAAAGGGGGAUCUGCAAGGAGAUGAUGUCAGGAAAAUAGUUCGUGUGUGGCAGGAGCUCCAGGCAGUGAGGACAGAAAUUUCUGGGUUGGAGGAGGAGAAGAAACGCAUCAGUGAGACAGUCAAAUCCCUGGUGACUAGUAAGGACAAAAAAGCCCUCGCCAGUCUUCCAGAGUACAGUCAGGCUCUGCAGAACGGUCGGGAGAUCCGCAACAGACUGAACCAGCUCCUCACUCGAGAGACUGAGCUGGAUCAGGAGCACUACAGACGAGCACUCAGACUGCCUAACACUUCACACCCUGAUGUGCCAGUUGGGGAUGAGAGCCAGGUGAGGGUGGUGGAACUGGUUGGACAGAAACCAGAAUUUGAUUUCAAACCCAAAGGGCAUGUGGAGCUGGGGGAGAAGUUGGGACUCAUAAGGCAGAGACAUCUAGCUCAUGUUUCAGGACACAGGUCCUACUAUCUGAGGGGAGCCGGGGCCAGACUUCAAACUGCACUCCAAAACUUUGCCCUUGACAGGCUGCAUCAACGGGGCUUCAUUCCAAUUGUUGUACCAGACAUGCUGAAGGGGGCAGUAUUUGAGGGAUGUGGGAUGCAACCCAAUGCCCAUCAUUCUCAGGUCUACUCACUGGAUCCAGAACGUUUCCCAGACCUCAACCUGGCUGGGACUGGAGAGGUCGGGAUUGCAGGCUUUUUCAUGGAUCAUGCUGUGAGCUGGAAGGACCUGCCUGUCAGGUCAGUGUGCAGCAGCACCUGCUACAGAGCAGAGACAGAGACCGGCAGAGAGACAUGGGGCCUCUACAGAGUUCAUCACUUUAACAAGGUGGAGAUGUUUGGUGUGACUGCAGAUGAAACAGGACAGGAGAGCUCUCAGCUGCUGGACGAGUUUGUCUCUUUGCAAAAAGAAAUUUUCUCUGCACUGGAACUUCACUACAGAGUGUUGGACAUGCCGACGCAGGAACUGGGUCCUCCUGCACACAGGAAGUACGACAUUGAAGCAUGGAUGCCCGGAAGGGACAGCUAUGGAGAGAUUUCCAGUGGGUCAAACUGCACAGACUACCAGAGCAGACGCCUAAACAUCCUGUAUGAGAGAGAGGACGGCAGCCUGCAGUACGCCCACACAGUGAACGCUACUGCAUGUGCUAUCCCUCGAACCAUCAUUGCCAUCCUGGAGACUCACCAGACCAAAGAGGGAACAGUGCGUGUCCCCCAAGCUCUGCAGCCUUAUUUGGGUCUUGAAGUCAUUGAGAAGCCUAAAUACGCUCCACUGAAAUACAUCGGGCCCAACCAGCAGUUUAGACCCCCCAGGCCUGCUCCAAAGACCAGAUGACCCAAAUACAAGUGAAGUGCUUUAAAAGCAGCCAGUGCCCAUGAAAGCAGAGGUGGGGGCCGGUUUGCAUUCAACAUCACUUAGUCUAAAAAAGAUAUAUAUUUUUUUUUUACUGCUUGAAUUUAUGAAUGCUUAAACAACACAACUCAACAGAACAGUUCUUUAGAUCAAAGGUUUGCUGUAUCUGUAAAUAUAUUCAUGUCUUCAUUUGUCAUCAUGGGGAUCAUUGUUAGAAAUAACAAAUAAAGAUAACUUUACUGCUCA